AUGGCCUUGAGAAACCACAGUGCCAUUGUUGAGUUUCUCCUCCUGGGACUGCCUGCUGGUCAUCACACCAAGGCCCUAUUCUUUGUGCUUUUCCUGGUGAUUUACCUCCUGACCCUGUCAGGAAACCUGUUGAUUAUCAUGAUUAUCAGGACCAAUUUCCACCUCCAUACGCCCAUGUACUUCUUCUUGAGUCACCUGUCCUUCCUGGAUCUCUGUUACUCUUCAGUCACUGUGCCCAAGAUACUGGAGAACCUCCUAUCUGAGAAGAAAACCAUUUCUGUGGAGGACUGCUUGACCCAGGCCUUCUUUGUGCUUGACUCUGGGGGAACAGAGCUCUGUCUUCUUGCAGUGAUGGCCUAUGACCGAUAUGCUGCCAUCUGCUACCCUCUUAUAUAUGGUCAAAUGAUGAGCAACCAGCUCUGUGUGGGGCUGGUGUGGGCGUCCUGGGUCCUGGCCUUUUUGGAUGCUCUCAUCAACACACUUCUAGCUGGGAAUUUGGACUUUUGUGAGACUCAAGUCAUACCCAACUUCAGCUGUGAGAUACCUUCUCUAUUCCCUCUCUCCUGCUCCAAUAGCUCUACUAAUUUUACAGUCCUUCUCUGUUCGGCCCUCCUGCAUGCCUUUGGGUCCUUCCUCCUGGUUUUCUUCUCUUACGCCCGCAUUGUCUCCACACUCCUGAGCAUUAGCUCCACCACAGGCAGAAGUAAAGCCUUCUCUACCUGUUCUUCCCACCUCACCACAGUGAGCUUAUUUUAUGGCUCAGGUUUUCUUCGCUAUCUUAUGACAACAUCAGGUUACCCAUGGGAGCUGAUUUUCUCCAUGCAGUACAGUGUGGUCACUCCCCUAGUCAAUCCCCUUGUCUACAGUCUGAAGAACAAAGAAGUAAAAGCAGCUCUGAGAAACAUGCUACAGAAGAGUUUACCACAUCUCAGGUAG